CUGCGUAUACUUGGUGCCGCUGUUGCGCUACUCUCGAUUAUUCAGACAGUGAACGUCGAAGAGUGAACACGUUACGUGCGCGUCGAUCGCAAAGCAAAUAAAUAAAUUAAUAACAACAAAACAAAGUGAACAUUUAGUGCCAAGUGUUGCCCAAGUGUUUCGAUUGUGAAUUCAUACAAAUGUUGCAUAAACGAUUUUGUUAGCAGCAGCACGUUAACUAGACUAAAUUAAAGCCGCCAAAAUAGCCGAACUAAUCGCCGCCUCGCCCGCACUUACAACGCGCGUAUUUAUGACUAAAAUGAUUCCGCCGGUACCCACCUCAGCCGUCAUGUUGCCCACGCCCAAGCAGAAGAUCGGCUUCAGCAUUGAGUCCAUCGUUGGCAACGAUGCAACAGCGACGGCUGCCGCUGCCACACCGAUCAACAGCAGCCCGCCAGUCCCGCAGCCCGAGCGCAAUGGACCCGGCUCCCCACCACAGACACCGCCAGCCAGCGCUGGCCUAACGCUGCUGCCUGCCACGCCCACACCACCACAUCAUCUACUAGCGCCGCCACCACAUCAUAUGUUGCAGCUGCCCCAGCACAUGACGCCGCAUGGUCAUCCACAUUUAUCGCCAGCACAGCAGCAUGCGCUGCAUCAACAUUUGCUGCUGCAACAGCAGCAACAUCAGCAGCAGCAGCAACAGGGCACACCAAAGUCUCAUCAUGAUAUACAGGAGCUGCUGCAGCGUUUGCAUCACAAUGCUGCCGUUGCCGGCGGCCUAAGUCCGCUGCAGACACGACUCUCUCCACUUGGAGAUGCGCCCAUGUCGCUAAAGCGCGAACGCUCACCAGCUCCACCCGGCUCCGAGCAGAGCGAAAAUCCUGCGCAGCGCAUACAGCCGCCGCAUACGCCACCCAAGUCUGUCUCGCCGCAAUCCUCUCAGCCCUCCUGCUCGCCCACACUGCUGGUCAGCAGUCCGCACAAUACACCACCACAGCAACAGCAGCAACAACAGCAGCAGCAGCAACAUCAACAGCAGCAGCCACCCCGCCCCACUGUUAUGCAUCCUGGUGCUAAUCCAAUGCUGCUGCCUGGCAUGCCGCCUGCCGGCUUGGUGCGUCCCUUCCCCAUGGGCCCAGGCGGUCCGCCACCCACACAGCAAGGCCUGCCGGACAUCAAGGCGCUGCCUCCCUACAUCAACACACCGCCGGAGCUGGCGCCGCAGCACAAUCCGCAUCUGAUUGCCGCUGCACAGUUCCAAAUGGCAGCAGCGCUGCAGGCGGGUCAUGUGCUUGGACCUGCUGCCGCCGCUGCUGCUGCCGCUGGACUGCCGCCACAUGCUGCCGCUCAAUUCAUGGGCAAUCCUGGCAUGCCGCGCGACAGUUAUCCGCUCUACCCCUGGCUGCUGAGCCGCCAUGGACGCAUCUUUCCACACCGCUUUCCAGGAAACUUCCUGUUGCAGCCUUUCCGCAAGCCCAAGCGCAUACGCACCGCCUUCUCGCCAUCGCAGCUGCUGAAGCUGGAGCACGCCUUUGAGAGCAAUCAGUAUGUAGUAGGCGCCGAGCGCAAGGCUCUAGCACAAUCGCUGAAUCUCUCCGAGACGCAGGUGAAGGUUUGGUUCCAGAAUCGCCGCACCAAGCACAAACGCAUGCAGCAGGAGGAUGAGAAGGGCGGCUCCGGCUCGGAGCGCAACAUGCACAAUGGCAGCGGCGAUGAGGACGAUGAUGAACUCAUCGAUAUGGAAAUGGAUGACUGCCCCAGCGAUGAUGAGCAUGAGCUGGAUGCAAGUCAUUAAGUUCAUCCAAGACUAGCAAGCGUGAGUUCCUUACCGUCGAGGCGCCAAAUCUACGUCCGUGUGUCCGUUGCCGGUCCGUGUGUUAAAAUUAGUUACUUGUGAUAUAUUCUUAAAAGGCAAAGCGCAAGGCUUUAGUGUAUAUAGCAAACUGAAUAGCGCGCUCUCUGUCGCACGCACUGAGCUGAAAGGCGUCCGGCAAAAAGAAAAACUGUGCCAAACUUCAAGUCCGCAGGCGCCCCCGCCCCCCUCGAGUUGAGCUCAAAGUAACAAACAGUGCGUGCGUGCGAGCGAGACAACUAUAAUUGUACAAAUUUAAUUAGCUAAGCGUGUAAAUAUUUAAAAAGAGAA